AGCUCAUUAGACAUGUAGAGAAUUUUCUCUUAUUUUAUGCUGUGACCCACACAGAUCCAGACCUAUUGCAUGACUAAGCUGGACAUCUUUAAAUUAGACCUUUAUCUUGGAUCAUAUGGCUAAUUACACAUACCAUAAUGGCACAUGCUUUUCACAACCAUUGCCUGAAAAUUUCUGGGGUGGAGUUUUACUUUCCUUUACAGUCUCAAUUGUAAUUGGAUUGGUGAUUGGAGGAAUUAUAUGGACUCUAUUUACAUGCCUUUCCCGUCGGCGAGACAGUGCACCAAUCUCACCAAGAAUGACCACAUCCUCAAAUCGCCGACCUAGGGCUACGUCUCAUAAUCAGGCUUUGAACAGACCCGGGUUCUACCGCAACAGCACAUGUGAGCGCCGUAGUAACCUUAGCCUGGCCAGUCUGACUUUCCAAAGGCAAAAUUCACAAGAGCAGGCUGAUCCAUUCACUAGAAAACCAAGUUUCAGAGCAUCAACUUUUCAUCCCUUUUUGCAGUCUCCUCCUCUCGCUGUUGAAGCUGAUAGUCAACUUGUUACUCUACCCCGUACUUCACCGACAAGCAGCAUCCUCACCCGUCCUGAAUUCCACUGGUCCAAUAAUAGCCUUCGUCUUGGUCAUUCUACUCAGACACCACCACCUGCGUAUGAAAGCAUUAUUAAAGCUUUCCCAGACUCUUGAACAAUAACUCAAGAAUGAAUAUAACAUUCUCAAUCAAAAGUAAAUCAAUCGGUGCUUUAAGACUCUUAUAGAACACUACACUGUGUGCAUAUUCAUGUAGUGCAAUAUAUAUGAUUACAAUCUCCAUGAUGUCUUUGACUUGUUCUAUUUCAUUCAGCCCCCUCUUAAAAAAAAUAUUUACAUCAAUUCCUUUUUUCCUAACAGAGAAACAUCUCAAAUCAGUUGACACUGGAGAACGUUUUUAUCUAAAUAUCAUUUCAGUCAUAUAUUCUGCACUGGACAUAUUUCCUAUUUCUUUCUGUGAAUUAAUCAUGUAUCAUGUUACUUUCUUAUUUUCUAAUGUGUCUAAUGUUCAGUGUUGUGUUCUAUUUAAAAGUGAAAGAAAAUAUAUACAUCAUGAAAAGGUCUUUUUCUAUGUUUUACAUAUUGGGUAUUUACAAUCUAUUUAAUAUCUGUUGCAUAUAUUUCUAAGCAAUACCUUAAUUGAUGCA